CCGGCAAGCUGGACACCACGCGAGCGUCCCCGUUUUGUUCCUGGCUCGGAAGUUUCCUUAUUUUUCUGCGUGUGUUGACAAUAAUUCUCUCUGCCCCUCCCUCUCCCCCGUUCAUUGUUUACAUAUCGCCGUCGUCGUCGUCGUCGUCGCCGUUUGGGAUAGUUUCGUUGAUUUGCUUUGCUUUUAUCGCUUUAAAAAGUGUGCGCAAUUAUUAUUGUUAAAAGUUUCAGAUAAGAACCUUUUCGCAAAAGUGCCUUUAUAUUGAACGGAACCGAAAGAAGUGCAACUUGUGUGAGUGUGUAGUUUUGUGCUGAGCUGCUGUGGAAGUUAGAAAAGUGACUCAGUCCGAAAAAGGAUGGCCGAUGGUGGAGACUUUAUAACCGUUCGUCGCCGGAAAAGCCGCGGCAAGCUUCAGGGUCGCCACAAUGCCUCGCUGGCGUGCCUGGCCGACGUCAACAACAACAACAGCACCAACAUCUGUAAGACCAGCGACAGCUUCUACGACAAGCCCUGGAAGGAUCAACGGCGGAACUCGCACCCGGCCAAGGCCAAGUCCUGCACCGAGCUGCGCAUCGUGGGCAAGGCCGAGCGUCGUCACGCGGCCGGAUUUCACACGCGCCGGUGCAUCUGCCGCUGGGUCAUGUCGUACGGGCGGCUGCUGUGGCCGGAUCAGCUGAAGCUGGACUUUAGCCAGGGCUGUCCGGUGUGUCGGGUGAGCUUCUCGACGGAGGAAGCCCUCCGGAACCACAUGCAGAAGCAGCAUGGGAGGGAUUUUGACGUCAUGUUAGACGUUACGGAUCGUCGGAUUGUGCGUUCCACGAUGCGGCUGACGGUCAAGUAUUUGGCGCGCGCCUCGCGGAUGAUUAUAAGGGUGGAGAACUACUCGGAGGUUGUGCUGAUUUUGCGCGCGGUUUACCUCUUUGGCUUGGAUCAACGGCUGGAGUCGACGUUCGACGGCGUGCUGCGUAUGGUGCCGGGCUAUUCGUAUGAAAUAGAGCACACCGUGAAGCAGUGCAUCCCGAACUAUCAGUAUACGAUGAUCCUGUCGGCGACGGUGGCCGGCAGUCAGGUCGAACUCAUCGAGCAGUAUUACGUGCAGAUGCUGAAGAGCACGCCGAUGGCGGGAAACCAGCUGAAGAUGGGCAUCCUGCCGUACCAUCACAUUCCCCAGUACUUGAUCGAUCUAUAUCUGAAAGAAUUUGAACACGACAACCACUACGAUCGCUUGGCGAUGCUCUGCCUGGAGAACCUACGCAAAUUCAACAAGGCCGGCCUCACACCCACCAGCUACGUCGAGCACCUGCGCCUGCUCAACAUGAUCGAGGACUACGACCUGCAAACCACCUUCGCAACGUACACCAUCCCGAAAGUCACGCUCAAACCGAUGGAGCAAGCCCGGCGCUACCUGAUCACGCUGGAUCAGUUCGACGUUCCGCCCAACCUGCUGGAAGAGGACGGUUACGCCCGGAUCACCGUCACCAAGCACAACCGCAACGUGGACAACAACCUGGAGUUCAUCAACGGGUACAUCGACGCCGUCAACGAGACCGGGAUCGUGGUGACGAUGCAGGCGCCGGUCCGCUUCACGUUGCCCUGCCGGGUCGAGUUCCCGCUGAACCGUACCCAGUACAAGCUGGAGUACGAGGCGCUGGCGCACAUCAGCAAGAUCGACCUCGACCAGCUGCUGUUCCCGAAGGUGCUGGCCAAGAAGCGGCGACCGGUGCGGCAAGUCAAGUUCGACUGGUUCCAACCGACGAUCGCCGCCAACGCGGAACAGGUCACGGCCAUCCGCAACAUCGUCAACAUGACGUCCUACCCGGCGCCGUACAUCAUAUUCGGCCCACCCGGAACGGGAAAAACGUCGACGAUUGUCGAGGCGGUGCUGCAGAUCUGGCGCCAGCAGCCACGUGCUCACGUCCUUGUGGCCGCUUCGUCCAACUUUGCGUGCAACGAGCUGACCCAGCGGUUGAUGCGCUUCGUGCCGGAGGCGGACAUUUUCCGGUUCUUUUCGCGUUCCUGCGAGCGGAACAUCGAAACGAUCGAUAUGGAAAUCUUGGAGAUUUCGAACUUAGCGACGGGGAUCUACGAGAUACCGACGUAUGAGCACAUUUACGGCAGUCGGAUUGUGGUCAGCACGGUCACCAAUUGUGGCCGGUUGGCGCAGGCACACGUGAUUCCGACGUUUUUCGAUUAUAUCUUUAUCGAUGAGUGUGGGAGUGCGAAGGAGAUUUCGGCCUUGGUUCCGAUCGCCGGAGUUGGUACCGAAGGAAGCAAGAUUCAUGCCAGCGUUAUAUUGGCUGGAGAUCCGAAGCAGCUGGGGCCGGUGGUGCGGUUUGAGUUUCUCAAGAAGACCGUCCACAAUACAUCGCUGCUGGAGCGGUUGAUGGCGCAAGGAAUCUACAAGCGCGAUCCAAACACCGGGGAGUUCAACAGCUUGGUCAUCACUAAGCUGCUGGAUAACUACCGAUCUCACAAGUUGCUGAUUCACUUCUCGAACGAGUGGUUCUACGAGGGUGAGCUGCGCGCUCGUGCCGCGUCGGAACUGACCGAUUGGGCAAUCAAUUGGAACUGCCUUCCGAACAUGGCAUUCCCGAUCAUCUUUCACUCGGUUGUGGGAAUCACCCGAGUCGACAAGCAGUCCUGCAGUUCGUUCAACAAGGAGGAAGCCCAGAAAGUACUCUUUUACGUGCAGAAAAUGCUCACCGACGGAAUCAACGAGCGCCAGAUUCGGGAACAGGACAUCGGAAUCGUUUCCCCGUACCGGCGGCAGGUUUCGUUCCUGCGGCAAGGUUGUCGCAACUAUGGCUGGGAGGAGAUCGAAGUCGGCUCGGCCGAACAGUUCCAAGGUCGCGAAAAGCCCGUCAUCAUCGUUUCCACCGUGCGGUCCCAGCGCAAGCACGUGGGAUUCCUCGCAAACACCAGGCGCCUGAACGUGGUCAUAACUCGAGCCCGUUGUUUGCUGAUCAUCAUCGGUAAUCCGGACACGCUGCAGAACGAUCCGCACUGGUAUCGUCUGUUACGUUACAUUUACGAGAACAAUGGCGUGCGCGGGAUUGACUUUGUGCUGCGCAAACCGGAAGUUAACUUUGCGGCUAGGGAGGAGGAAGAAGACUUUGCUUAAUUUGAUUUAGAUUUAGGUCAUUUCAGAACUUGGACACACACAAAGACACACCAAAGUUCAUUUCUUGUCGUUCAUCAGCUAGUUGUUAUAGUCGUUAUAAGUUUCAGUUUUAUUCUUAACAUGCGUUGCAGACAAAGUUGAAUUAAACCGCGACGCUUUCAGAGAGAAAUGUAAUGUGAAAAGAUGUACGUGCUUUUGGACGCGUGAAUUCGAAUGUAUCGAUUAUGUUUUU